AGGAGGGAGGGCAGAGGCGUCAGACGUGUGUGUGUGUGUUGCAGAGAGAGAAUGAUGCUGAGAGACGGUAAGGGGCGAGAGCGGGAGGCAGCAUCACCGACUAGACAGAAAGGAGGGGAGGGGAAGACAGACGGAGUGGAAGUGGAGGGAGAGACAAGAGGAGUGCACCAUGAAGUAGUGCCUUUGUCCGCCCCGGCAGCGCUGCCAUUUCACCGUCUGCCGAGAGUGAGGCAGCAGAAGAGGAGGGGAGAAGAGAGGAGAGAAAAGGAGAGUGACUUUGGGAAUUCGUCCGGCGAGUCAGGAGGGAGACACGGUUUGGGUUUUUGUUUGUGUCCAGGGAGUGGACGGACAGCGUGUCAGAAAGAGGAAGGAGAGGACGUCCAACAUGUCUGUCCUGUGACUAUAAAGGCCAGUUCUGGGCAUGUGUCACCUGUAUGUUUUCGAAAGUUAAAAAAAAAAAGGAACUAAUUGGAACAAUGAUUGCACUCACUUUUUCGUCCUGUUGACUUUCUAUUGUGUUUGAGUGAUUGCUCUUGAUUACAAUCAUUACCUUUUUGAAUUGCUUUUAUGCAAGUUUUUUACAGUUGCAUGCACUUGUCUCCGAGCCGGUUGCGUGCCGCCGACAUGCCGUGUCAACAUUGAUUGGCUUUUAUAGCGUCUGGCGCUACGCCGGUCCAACUUUGAUCAUUUCCUGAAAGCUAUUGAUCUUUUCAGGGGGUCAGCGGGGGACGGCGGUGCGGGUGCAGGGCUUGUCGGGAGUUUUGUCCUCCUGUUGUACGAGACAAAUCAAUGAUAACAUGCGGAGACUUUGCUCCUCACGUGGCAUCUUUUUAUGACUUCUCAGCAUCUCUUUUUAUUGUCUGUUGCCAUGGCGACGGGCUGCAGCUGCAGACGGAGCAAAGCGAAAGUUCUUUUUGUUGUGUCUUAAACCCGGUGCUGCUCCAUUUUAUAUUUGUGCGCGUUGUCGGAACAGUUGACUGCGCUCACGUGCAGUUUUUCGACUCUAGACGCCUGUGCUGCGCUCACCAAGGUUGAUUCAGGUCACCUGUCUCUCCCCCCGCCGCCCCUCCCUCCCCAGUCUGUGUUCACCCAAUGGCGAGUCUCUGCACCCGUCUUUGUCCUCAUCUCACCUUAAUGAAAAGCAGUUGGGCUGAUCGGUGGGUGGAUAAAUUGAUGCAGCUAAUUAAUGAUCAUUAUCAUAAAAUGUGUGUAGCUGACUCAGGUAGAUGGUGGUAUCCUGACCUGCACCGCCCCCCCAUGUUCUCGUUGUGCUACUUUUAAGACCUUUACACAUAUUUUCUAAUCUUUUAUUACUCAGUACAUUUUUAUCCUCGGCAUCUGAGACUGUUUGCCAUUUGAACCAGGGCGACGUUUCCUGCCAUCCCAGCCUGUCUCGCAGCACAUGCGGAUUCUCCAUGGUGCUUCGAACUCACGACCAGAUGGACGACUAGCGCGCGUUGCUAGACGAUCCCUCUGUGGUGCUAGACUAACAGUUGCGGGCUGUUUUUGUUAGUUUUUUUUUCUUUUUCAUUCUUGCACCCACGACCAAGCUGGUGCGUGAGACUUCAGCUGAAGUUUAUUGGUGCCAGGCGUUGUGCCGGUUGUGUUGGUGGUGGCGAGGCGUACUGUUCUCCUUUAAGGUUGGACUAUGCAGACAGUAGACAGAAAUAGUGUUUAUUUCUAGCAUUCUUGCUCUUCUCUCAGGUUACUGAUCGCGAUCCGGGCGUGUCGUUUGAGGGCGAGCAGAGCAGUAAUUCCGAAAAUCAGGUCUCAUCACUAUCACCACACACCCGCUGGCCUUCAUUAGCCAAUGACCUGCAUCCUCUAGAGUUGCAUCACCAUCGUGCUACUGCAGUGUGUACAGUGGGUUGUGGGUUAUUUCUUGCCUCAUCCCUCACUUGAAGCGUGAGAGAAGAAUGCACUACUAACCUGAUAAGUAAGAAAGAGAAAGGGAUGUGGUGGGUGUCUGAGCACACUGCAGCAAGCUAGUCCUGGAUAGUCUCACUCCUUAAGUCAUCAGUCACAGGAUUCUCACAGGAAUGAGGCAAAAAUACAACCUCACCUACUGUAUGUCAGGAUAGAACUUUCCUAAGGUGCUCCGUUGCUGACUAAUUCAAAAACCACAACGGCCUCACUUGUUUUUUAGCCAUAUCAGGAACUUCAAUCAGGAACUUUUUUUUGUCGGUUCCGGUGUCUAAACAUUUGCCGCCUCUAGUGUCCAUCGAGGGGAGACUAACAGGCGGUUGAAACAUUUUUUUUUUAUAAAACAAGGCGCUGUUUAACGGGCAAGCCUGGAGAACGGGCAAGCAGACGUGGGAGGGGGCGAGGGGGAGAUCAUCUGGAAGAGGCGAGAGGAAGUGGUGGCGCGGGAGAGGGCGGAGGCGCUGGAGAGGCAGAGGCUGGCCGAGUUCAUUGUGUGGAGGAAGAGGGAGGACUUCCAGGAGAGGCGAGGAGACAGGGAGAGGAGAGACCGGAGUGCCGGGAAAGAAGGCAGGGAGGCCACGCCAGAAGUCAUCUGGAAGAAGAGGCAGGAAGACAACGAGGGUAGGGAGACAGCUCGGGCUGAUCAAGGCGGACACCAAAUUGUUUGGAGGAAGAAGAAUUAAGUGUGCUUUUAAAAAAAACAACAACAACAAGGGUGCUGUUACCAGGAGAUGGACACUAGCCAUAUAUUUGUAAGCCUCUUUUUUUUGUCCUUUUGCGGGUUGCAGGUGUGUUGUAUCGACCAGUUGAAGCGUUGUUUGUCUGUGUCGCCUUGUUAGUGCGCAGCCCCCAUGCCAUCCCCCUUGCUGGCUGCUAAAAGGGUUUUUAUGGGCCUGUGUCAAGCUGGACAGAGCUGCCGAAGGUGCUGCUUCUCUCACACACAUGUCUCAGAGCGGUAACACACACGCAUAUGCAAGCAGCCUUUUAGGAGUCAAUCACUUGAGUUGAUUCUGUGCGGUGCCACUUAACAACUGUGUCGCCGGCCCUCGCCGAGAGGCCAUUAACAAAAUACUCGCAGAUGUUGUUUUACAAGAUGGUCAAUCCACUUGACCCGCACGUCACAAAGUGAUCACACAAAAUGAACUCAGAGUUGGAAAGUGAACUGAUAUCAACAUGACAACGCUCACGACAGACUGUUUGCAUUCCGCCGUCAUCCGGAGCCCCGCUCUUUUGCUAAAAGACAUUUCAAACCCUGCUUUCAUUGUGGAUGAAGCCAUCUUUAAGGUGGUGCGCUCUGGGCCGCCUGCUAAUGUGUUCAGGAAGGACAAGUGGACAGAUGGAUGCUGCGCUGACGCUGAGGGAGACCGGCUGCGCGUCGUUAAGAGAAACAUUUUGUAUGCUGUAAGGAAAAGACUUUGAUAAAAAAAAAAAAAACUAAAAACUGACAACCACUAUGGAGCUUGUCCCAAAAACGAAGUACACCCACUUCAGGAGUGAAUCCCUGAGCUCCACCGAUGAGACAAACUCCAACCCAUCGUCUUUCCCUCCUUCAAGUCCUGCCACCCCUCUCACUCCCUCCCCUGGUUUACCUUCUUCUCUAUCCUCCUCCUCUCUAACCCCCAUCUUGCCUCCAUCUUCUCCCCGCCCGCCCGAGAACAGCCCCACCACCCUCUGCUCCUUUUUCCCAAGGAUGGGCUCUUUUCGCCUGGGCGUCUCCGCCACUCUUCUCCCAGGACUCAAGGCCUCCAGCAGGCAGCCGCGAGCGCCUGUUGACUCUCCCGGGGACGACAGGAGCAGCUCCAGCUCCUCCCCGCCGCUGCAUCACCCGCUACUCUCUUUAACCGCUCCUUCUCCCCCUCCGCGACCACCUUUGCAGGAUAUGAACCGGCUGGGAGGGGUGUCCAGGAGGGCACGAGUAGAGGGAGCUCAGCUAGGAGGAGACGAGUGGACGCGGCAUGGCUCCUUUGUCAACAAGCCCACCAGGGGAUGGCUGCACUCCGACAAUGUCAUCAGCACCACUGGUGUUUCCUACUCUGUACGGUACAUGGGCUGCGUAGAGGUGCUACAAUCCAUGCGAGCGUUGGAUUUCAACACUAGAACUCAGGUCACCAGGGAGGCUAUCUCGGUGGUGUGCGAGGCUGUACCCGGAGCCAAAGGAGCCCAGCGCAGGAGAAAGCCUUCCUCACGCUGCCUCACGUCUAUUCUGGGCAAAAGUAACCUACAGUUUGCUGGCAUGACAAUCAGCCUUACCAUCUCUACCAGCAGCCUCAACCUGCUGGCGUCCGACUGCAAACAGAUAAUCGCCAAUCAUCACAUGCAGUCCAUCUCCUUUGCCUCUGGAGGAGACCCAGACACGGCUGAGUACGUAGCAUAUGUGGCCAAAGACCCUGUCAACCAGAGAGCAUGUCAUAUUCUGGAAUGUUCUGAGGGUUUAGCCCAGGAAGUCAUCAGCACCAUCGGCCAGGCCUUUGAACUGCGUUUCAAACAGUACCUAAAGAACCCGCCCAAACUGGUCACGCCUCAUGACAGAAUGGCUCCAUUUGAUGGCUCUGCAUGGGAGGAAGAGGAUGACGAGGCUGUUCCCCUGCCUGAGGUCCCUUACUAUAAUAAUUUUCCUGGUAAACAACCUCCCGCUGGUGGUCUGGUUGACAUGAGAACACGUCCAGGAGCCACGCUGCCUUACGGACAGCCGGGUCAGAAUGACAUUCACAAGCAGCCUCUUCCGCCUCUGCCAGUAGGUGCCAAGGAAGGAGGACGAGAGCUGUUUGAUGACCCCUCCUACGUCAACGUGGAUAAGCCCCGCCCCCCAGUCGCUGCAAAUGGAAACGCUCACAGAGAUGCUUUUGACAUGAAGCCAUUUGAUGAUGCCAUAGGGGUCUCUGGGCCAGUCCCAACGACGGCAGCGCCCCCUCUGGUGGAGCAGUUGCAGUGCGAGACCUGGUUCCAUGGCAGCUUAAGUCGCAGGGAAUCUGAGAGGCUGCUGAGCCGCGACGGAGAUUUUCUGGUGCGAGAGUCGGGAACCACACCCGGGCAAUAUGUCCUUACGGGGCAGCAGGGCGGACAGCCCAAACACCUGCUUCUAGUCGACCCCGAGGGAGUGGUUCGCACGAAAGACCAUCGGUUUGAGAGCGUGAGUCACCUGAUCAGCUACCACAUGGACAACAGACUUCCCAUCGUGUCGGCGGGGAGCGAAGUGUGUCUGCAACAGCCAGUAGAGCGCCGAGCCUGAUGGUCCCUGUCCAAAACGCAACAUGGCUCUACCACAGACAACCACGUUCACUUCAGACGUAAAACACAAAGAGCGCCCCGGAAGAGAGCGAGGGCUCUCUGCCAACGCUGCUGUUUUAAACCAAACUGUGAAGUGCAGUACCUCCAGCAGCCAGCAGGCAGGAGAAGCACCGCUGGCAACUGUGAAGCAGGGACGUGAUAGGGGCAACGAAAACAUGCAAAUAGAAUGUCUUAAUUUGUAGGAGUGAAGAUGAAGUGGAUGCUUGGAUCGGUGUACAAAUGGAAAGGAAAACAUGAGCUUGCAUGCUUUCAUUGUGUGACAUCGAGCGCAAAAAAAAAAAAAAAAACACAAGUUGCACGGCUAUUUUUUCAUUCUUAAACACAAACAAUCCCUUCAAUGAUGCAGCAGAAACCUUGGAUAUCAUUUCCACCCCUUAAGGACGUACGAUGAGCACGUGUGCAAACCCAGGACCGCUUUGCCAUCUCCAUGUAUGUUUUUUAUUUGAUAUAUGAUGUCAAUGCAGUUCACAGGAGGAACUUUGCAACACCCAUCGCGCCAAAGAACAUGAACACAGAGAGACAACGCCAGUCCAAUUAGCAGCAAUGAGAACAAACAUGGCUUUAGUGCUCUUGAACAGAUCACCACUUAUAUGGAAAUGUCACAAUCAACGUUGAAACACGCCAGGCUACUUUCGUGUAUGUGUUGGCUUGACAAUCUAUUGCGGGGGUUCCCAAAGCUACUAAAAUACAAUGCAGUCGAUCAAUAAGCCUUAUGCAAAAAAAAAAAAAAAGAAAAGACUGUUUUACUUCCUUUCAAAAGUCAGGGAAGCGAGGGAAACCCUCAUCUAUGGGCUUGGAAUCAGGAAUAUAGCAAACUGCUCGGCACAUACCUGUCAACCUUUUCCUGUUAUCUCCCCCUUCUUGUCCAAUCUUUUGUUACCCAUAUUUUGUCACGAAUUUAGCUGCCGUCUCCUUUUAUUUUCUUUAUUCUCCAAUGCAGAUUUGACAGGUAUGUGAACAGCUUUAACAACGCUGCGUGUCAUAUUGACUGCUUAGCGCCUAGUUUUGUGUCAUGUGAUGUUUGAAUGCCGACUACACUGCAAAAAAAAAACACUUAAAUCAAGGUUAAAAAAAGGUGGCUAAAUUGGAAGCUGGUGGUAAUUUAUUAAAUUGUUUUGUGCUUAAAUCAUGAUUUAGAGUGCAUGAGAAAUUUGAACAAGUAUAUUGCAAUUAAUGCAACAUAACGCAAUUCAUUAAGUGCAUACAUAGCUGGGUAAAACGGCCACUCGUGAUACUUAAAAUCAAAAUGAUGCGUACCGCCAGCUUUGCCACCUUCUCCCAGGUGUGUGUGCCACGGAUCAAAGUGACCAGUUGUUGAACGCAAGCUUACUUUAUUGACAAGUAAGCGCCACAGCGGGUGCUGCAGUACCCGGAGGAGAUGUAGCCAAAUGAUAUAGCUCUUUCGGUUCCAGUUCUUAUAACCCAAAAAUGGUGUCCUUCUCAGGUCUUUGGGUUCAUGGUACCGAACUUGACUCCCAUCAGGCCCUUGUAAGGUGCAUGUUCCUAACAUCUGGCGAAGGUCCUAACUAAGCUUUGACAUUGGCUCGGUGAGUAGACUGCUACUCAUGGACUCGGUUGCUAGUGUGAAAUGUUUUAUCCACAUAUACAUGUCACACUUAUACACGUUACUACUGUACUUGCACACAUAUGUUUACGAGAACAGCUGCCUGCUUGCCCCUAAGGAACGUAUAUCUUCCACAUAUUAUUUUGUAGGCUAGCAGAUACUACACAACUACAGUUUUGCCAUAUUGUGGAGUUAUAAAAAAAGGUUAAUCAAAAGUUUGCCUACAGACAUUUGUUUUUACCUUAUUUUUUUAGACCUGGCGCAACUCAGACACAACUUGACACAUGAUUUAAGGUGUGCAAAUCUGACUUAAAAUACAAAAAUAUAAAUUUGUUUAGUUUUUUUAACCUCGCUUGGGUUUGAGUUUUUGCAGUGUAGUGCAUGUGAGUAAGUAAGGUAGGGCUGGACAUCUGACAGUUUUUGUCUCGGCCAAUAAGAGCGUUGGAUGCGGGCCGCUAUAUGCAGUUCUACAAAAUGACUAAAUCACUGAUUAUAUUUGUCCAUUCAUUUAUCACCACCCCUGAUAAAAAAAAAAAAAAGCCCCGCCUCUUUCAAAAGUGCUGUUUUCCCCCACUUUUUGCUGGACAUUGCUUCACAUUGUAGUGUUGAUGAUGAUGUUGUUGGUUUUUUUUUACGAUAUCUUUCUAAUCGUGCCUUGUUUCCUCAACACAGUCACCUUACGUACUUAACUCACCAAUCUAUACAGACUGCAAAAAGCAAACCAGCUGAUGGCAAUCGCCUCUGGUCCGAGUGUUGCUUAUUGAGUAACGGAUACUUGAUGUCACCUGUUGGGGGGUUUUGGGGAGGGUAUUUCCUGGGCAUCUGUAAAUAACAUUGACUGGUCAGCACAGCUCACACCUCGCAGGGAGCUUUGGUCCGAAAGUAGGAGCUGGAGAGGGGGUUAGAACACAUGGUAGAUCAAAGUGUACCUACCUGGAACACCUGACAGUCAGUGGGUCUGGGUUCGUUUUUGCCUGGUUGUUUGAGCACACUGCGGCUAGUCCUGUACAGUCCCACUCCCUAAUGCUUCAGUCACACGCAGGAUUCUCACAGGAAUGAGGCCAAAACACAACCUGACCUACUGUAGUCUAUAAGUCUACACCACAGUCUCGUGCUCAUCACAGCUGCCUUUUGUCGCAUGAAAAUUCUACUUUACAAACAAAAAAAAAAAGACUACAAUCAAUGUUGUUGUUUUUUUUGUUUGUAGUCGUCGGUGGUGACGUUGUGGCCGGUGCUGUUUUAGGAUUUUGUGUCUUAAGUGGGGGAAAAAGCCAAAGGUGUGCACAGGUGAUUGGAUUUUGACUUUAUAUGUUUUUAGGGAAUUGUGUUUACACUUGUAAGUGAAAAUCAAGAUUGCAUAUAUACAAAUAAAUGCAUAUACUGUAUCAUUCA